UUGAUUUGAGUCUUCGUUUUCUGUGGUCUGUGCACGUUGUCUAGAGUUUGCUGUGAAAAAUAUUAUUUUUAUUCAAGUUGGAAAAUGUGUACAGUUGAUUCAAAUUGUGUGUUGAAUCAUGUGUAAUUCAUGCAAUAUCAGCUGAACGUUAACAAUAAUCAAUUUGUUGUCAAAUUUGGACAUAACAUUCUACUUUGGUGUGCAAGUCUUACCUAAAAGUCAACUGAUUUUUGCUGUAAGUAAAAUGAUUUUAGAAGUAAUAUCAAUUAUUUUUUUUAUAAUUUACGGGUUAUAUAUUGCAGGUGAUGAAAUGAAGAAAAGGAAAGUUGCAGAUUCAGCCAAAACAGAUCAAAUAAAGAAGCAUAAGUUUGAUCAUUCCAAUAUCAAGCGGAGUCCAAUUGAUUUGGAUGAGUCAGAUCAAACAAAUACUAUAAAGGACCAUAAGAUCAAGACAGAACCCAACUCAAGUAGUAACGUAAGUAAUAUCAAGACAGAACCCAACCCAAGUGAUAACGUAUCUGGAAUUUCAGACAAAAAGAAAAAGUCUCAGGCAAAACAAUCAAAAUCUAACACUAGCAAUAAUAUUCGUGACAUUAACCAUAAACAGAGUAAUGGCUGUUCCAACUGGAUGAAGUUUUUAGAGAGUGAAAAGUCGAAACAAGGUGAUAAAAUGUUGUCAGACACGUCAAAUAAACAAAACAAAGUGCCAGUUUUGAAGCAGCGUCAUGAUGAGAAGAAAGUCGACUUGAAGCCGUUUGUUUUCCCUGGUGAAAGAUGGAAAAAUCAGUCGAAUUCGUACCGUGGCAAGCUGACCUCGUUGAUAGCGAUCGACUGCGAGAUGGUAGGGAUUGGUGAGGAUGGACAUGUGAGCAUUGUAGCCAGGGUGUCGCUUGUGAAUUCGCUGGGAGAGUGUGUUUACGACAAGUAUGUGAAGCCCACAGAUCCUGUCACCGACUACCGCACGCACGUGAGCGGCAUCAGACCAGCCGACUUGGAGAACGCCACCGAUUUCCACACGGUUCAAUCCGAAGUGGCCACCAUUCUCAAGGACCGAAUACUGGUGGGACACUCGUUGAAGAACGACCUCGACGUUCUGAUGCUGAAACACCCUUAUCGACUGAUCAGAGACACGUCGCGAUUCUCCAAGUUCCAGUCGCCGACUAGGCGCUCUCUCUCGCUCAAGGCCAUCACCGAGAAGUUCCUCAACGUGAAGAUACAGACUGACGAGCACAACUCGGUCGAGGACGCCAGGGCCGCUAUGCAGUUGUACAUGACUUUCCGCAAGGAGUGGGAACAGGAGCGUCGCCAGUCCAAGUCCAACAAGCACAAGAAGAGAGACUCUCAACAGUCUCAUCCUGUUACCGCUGUUUCUGAAAAUUAGUUUAUCGGGUUCUGCUUAGGACUAUGAUCGGUUGUUGAUUUGAAUUGUUAAUAUACGAGUAAUAUCGAGUGACCUGGCUGGGUCAGAGUUUUUUUAUCAGAGAAUUGUUGAAGUUUAACAAUCUAAUGUUGUAAUAUAAUUCUUCAAAAUGUAGUGCCUUUUAAAUGGAAUGCAUUCCUAGAGCAUGGUAUCAAGAACUUAUAUGUUUUAUAAGAAUUUUGGAUGAGGGCCAAGGCAUAAGCUAGUCAAUUCAAGUCAUAAGCUACACAUCGAUUUUUGGACGUGACUUUUGCCGUCCUUAUAAAUUCUACCAGAAUGAAUGGAACUUGACAAACACAUGAUCGAUCACAUAAUAUUAUGUUUGUCAAGUUAUGUUCAACCUAAUAGAAUAAUUUACAAGUCCUUAUAAAUUCUGCCAGAUUGAAUCGAACUUGACAAACAGAUAAUCACAUCAUUUUGUUUGUCAAGUUAUGUUUUAAUAAAAUUCAUAAGGACUGCAAAAAAGUUGUACGUCCAAAAAUCAAUGUGUAUGUAACUAGACAUACAGAGCAAUUUUCAGACGAGUCGACAGGGCAGAAAUCUCUCCGAUUGGCUGAUUGUCAGCUUAUUCCCAAAGCCAACCCAAUCAGUGAGCUUCUUGUCCUGCCGACUCGUCUGAAAACCGCUGUGUAUGGCUUGGUCUUUGAAGAUUGAUAAAAAGCAGAAUAUAUAUUGAAUUAAUAACUCUCAAGCAAUUUUUUUUAUUGAAAAUGAAAUAUUUGGACCACUGUCUACUAAACACCGCAUGUAAAAUACAACAAAUAUUUGAUCCAAUAUUUCAAAAACUUUUAUCAACCCUGCAGCUUUCUAUACCACUGUUGGUAAGAUUCCAAUAAAUUUUUCGUAGCGAUGUUUCCUAUUUUCAAAUCCUGAUUGAUACGAUUUCUUUUAAUUUCCCAAGGUAGUAGUAGUAACUAUUUAUUUUAUUUUCACUUAUUUUAUUUUUACAAAAAACACAGAUCGGGAGAGAAAAACUAAGGUUACCUUGUACUAUUUCUCUCAAAUGAUCUCAUUAUGAUAACCAUGAAAAUUUCUUCCUAAUUUGUAUGAAUUGAGGUAAUUAUAAAUUAAUAACAAUGGACUUUUUAUUUUUGAUGUAUACAAUAAAACCCAUUCUAAUUAUGUU